AUGCAUGGAUUCUCCCGGACUGCCCCCCAGAGCUUCAAGCGACAAUGGGCAGCCACGCUCGACAAGGCUGGCACACAAAGCCAUUUGCCGCGAGGGAGGCAAGCCCAUGGAUCCAUUGCCCGUACGGGCUACGAAGAGGACCGUUUCAUGGCCAAUACCCUGCUCCAAAUGUACGGGAAAUGUGGCUCUGCCCAAGACGCACGGCUUGUGUUCGAUACCAUUGCGACCCCAAAUGCCUUCUCCUUUACAAUGAUGCUCGUGGCAUAUGCCGAGAAUGGGCAUCUGUUUCUCGCGAGAGGUUUCUUUGAUAUGAUACAAAAUCCCAGCGUGAUUUGCUACAAUGCUAUUCUCGCUGCUUACACGAGGUUUAAAAAAAUGGCUAGCGCGGAAGGAUUGUUCCAGAAAAUGGAAGCUAGAGACGUGACGAGCUGGAACACUAUGGUGUCUGGAUAUGCCCAAACAGGGCAUCUUGCUAGAGCGCGUUAUACGUUUCAAUCCAUGGAGCUCGACGGCAUCGCUCCAAACGAGGUCUCCUUCGUCACAGUUCUGGAUGUUUGCUCCAGCGGCAGGGACGUGAGAAUGAUCCAAUCGCGUCUGGGAGAUUGGGAGAGAGACGAUGGCGAUGGCGAUGAAUCGCCCAAGAUUGGGAACGCGUUGAUCGUCGCUCUCGGCCGAUUCUCGCAGAUCGAUCGAGCGGAGAGCAUCUUCUUGGCGAUGCCGAGAAAGAAUGUGGUGUCGGAUUCCAGCGCGGGAAUGAUCGCGGCAAUGGCGGCGGAGUUCCCACAAUCGCUCCUCGUGGGCAAUGCGAUCUUGAGCUUCUACUCCAAGCUCGGGGAUCUGGAGCUCGCGCGAUCGGUAUUCCGCGCGAUGCCCACCCGCGACACCAUCUCCUUCAAUGCCAUGAUCGCGGGCCACGCGCAGAAUGGGCGAUCGCUCGACGCUCUCUUCUUUGCGCGCGAGAUGAGGAUCGAAGGGAUCGCGCCCGAUUCCGCGAGCUUCACGUCGAUCUUGUGGGCGUGUGGCCACGCGGGGCUGCUGCGCGAGGGGUGGAUGGAAUUCGUCGGUAUGGGCGCCGAUUUUGAGAUCGCCCCGGGCGUGGAGCACUUCGCCUGCGUCGCGGAUCUCCUGGGCCGCGGAGGCCGCGUCGCCGAGGCGGAGGAGCUCGUCCAGAGCAUGCCAUUCGAGCCGGAUUACGUCUCCUGGACGGGGCUUUUGGAUGCCUGUCGCAGCGAUAGCGACCGAGAGCGCGCCAGGGAUGCCGCGCAGCAAAUGCGAGCGCUCCGGCCGGAGAAAUCGUCGCCCUAUGUGCUGGCCCUGUUUUAG